ACUACUAUCGGAAAACCAGAAAUAAAUCUGGAUAUAGAAAGGAGUCUAUGCUACACAGUCGCACGACACACAAGCUUUCGCCGUACCUGGGACAAACGAGAGUACGAACAGCGUGCACGAGAUCGUGCUCGUCGUGAACAACAGCUAGAAGAGGAGGAAGAGCAAAAAACUACUAGUAUUGCCUCGAAACAACCAGGAUAUUAUUGUAAGGUGUGCGAUUGUGUGGUGAAGGAUAGUGUCAAUUAUUUGGAUCACAUUAAUGGAAAAAAACCUGCAGACAAUAAGGGUAAUGAGGGUGAAGGAUUGGAUCCGGAAAUAGCAAAGUUGAUUGGGGGUUCGGAGGAUUUUGAACAACAAAAGUUUGAGUG